AUGGCUGGUGGCGCUGAACUGGCCAACCCGCUGCGGCUGGACGUCGGAAGCCACAGGAAGUGCCUGGCCAUCUGCUGCCUCGUGACACUGGCCAGCUUCCAGUACGGCCUCGACUAUGCGCUGGUGGGCGGCUUCAUGGCGAUGCCGGGCUUCCUCAAGGUGUUUGGCUACUACGACGAGCACACGCAGAAGCUGGCCAUCGACACGACGGUGCAGCAGCUCAUCUCGUCGCUCAUGACCAUCGGCACGUUUGUCGGCUCGCUGCUGAUCGGGCCGUACAGCGCGCGCUUCGGGCGGCGGCCGGCGCUCUGGAUUGCGUCGCUGCUCAACUUUGUGGCGACGGCCAUCAUGAUGGGCUCGACGAGCCUGGCGGCGCUGUACGUGGCGCGGUUCCUGCUGGGCAUCUCGGUCGGCUGGUUCCUGACGUUUGGCCAGAUCUACGUCAACGAGGCGGCGCCGGCGCACCUGCGCGGCCUCGUGUUUGCCAUCUACCAGUGCCAGCUGUCGAUGGGCUCGAUUGUCGGCGCGGCCGUCGACUACGGCACCAAGACGCUGCUGACCAAGAACGCGUACCGCAUCCCGCUGGCCGUCUUCUUCGUGGUGCCGACCAUCCAGUGCGUGGCGCUCGCCUUUUUCCCCGAGAGCCCGCGCUGGUUGAUGACGCAGGGCCGCGAGGCCGACGCGACGGCGUCGCUGCGGCGGCUGCGCAACGCCGCGAUUGACGAGGCCGAGUUCCAGGGCGAGCUCAACGAGAUCCGGGCGUCGACGCGCGACCAGCUGCAGAAGACAGAAGGCAAGCGGCUGUGGAUCGAGAUGUGGCGGGGCGUCAACCGGCGGCGCAGCCUGCUGUCCAUUGCCAUCAUCUGCUUCCACUCGGCCAACGGGUCGUCGUGGAUCAACAUCUACACGACGUACUUUCUGACCGUCGCCGGCAUCAAGAACGCCUUUGCCUACUCCAUCAUGAUGACCUGCUUCGGCCUGCUCGGCGUCCUCGCAAGCAUCACCAUUGUGCGCCGCGUCGACCGCCGCGCCAUCGUCAUGGUCGGCGUCGCCGCCUGCGGCCUCUGCCAGCUGGCCUUUGCCAUUGCCUGGACCGUCGCCCCCGGCUCCGCCGCCACCGGCCGCGUCAUGGUCGCCUUCAUCACGCUCUUCACCUUCUUCUACGUCGCCUACGCGCCCUACGCCUGGCUGCUCGGCGGCGAGUACCCCAACAAUGCGUUCCGCGCGCACACCUACGGCGUGGCCACGGCCAUGAAUUUCCUGGGCAACUGGCUCGCCGUCUUCACGGCGCCCUACUUUAUCAACCCGGCGUCGCUUGGCUGGAACGCCAAGUACGGCUACAUCUGGUUCGGCAGCAACGCCAUCCUCUUCGUCUUCACGUGGGUCUUUAUCCCCGAGACGCGCGACCGCACGCUCGAGGAGAUCCACGAGAUGUUUGAGGCCGGCGUGCCCGCGCGCCAGUUCAAGAACUACGUCUGCUCCGACACGCAGGCCAUGGCGCGUGCGCGCGAAAAGGACGUCGACGGCGACCUGCCGCAGGUGCAGCACGUCAACGAUGCGUGA